AUGUACGCCAAAGGCAAGAGUAACAACGUACCGUCCGACAGCCAAGCAAGGGAGAAGUUAGCGCUCUACGUGUAUGAAUAUUUGCUUCAUGUAGGUGCUCAGAAAUCAGCGCAGACCUUCCUGUCGGAGAUAAGAUGGGAGAAGAACAUUACUUUAGGAGAGCCUCCAGGGUUCCUCCACUCCUGGUGGUGUGUGUUUUGGGAUCUGUACUGCGCUGCCCCAGAGCGGAGAGAGACAUGUGAACAUUCCAGCGAAGCCAAGGCUUUCCACGAUUACAGUGCAGCCGCAGCUCCGAGCCCAGUCCUUGGAAACAUGCCCCCAGGAGAGGGAAUGCCUGUGGGACCUGUCCCUCCUGGCUUCUUCCAGCCAUUUAUGUCUCCACGUUACCCCGGUGGACCGCGACCCCCACUCAGAAUACCCAAUCAGGCUCUGGGAGGAGUCCCCGGGAACCAGCCACUGUUGCCCAGUGGUAUGGAUCCAUCUCGACAGCAAGGCCAUCCAAAUAUGGGAGGUGCCAUGCAGAGGAUGACUCCUCCCAGAGGGGUGGUGCCUCUUGGACCACAGGGUUAUGGGGGAGGGAUGAGGCCCCCACUCAAUGCCCUGGGUGGUCCAGGGAUGCCUGGGAUGAACAUGGGUCCUGGAGGCAGACCUUGGCCAAAUCCCCCCAAUGCCAACUCUAUUCCUUACUCCUCUGCCUCUCCAGGGAGCUACGUGGGUCCACCUGGGGGGCCUCCGGGAACUCCCAUCAUGCCCAGUCCAGCAGACUCAACAAACUCGGGAGAGAACAUGUAUACCAUGAUCAGCUCUGUCCCUCCUGGAGGAAACCGACAGUCUUUCCCUAUGGGUCCCGGAGGAGAAGGUCCGAUGGGCAGUAUGGGUAAUAUGGAAGCUCAUCAUAUGAACGGAUCACUAGGAUCAGCAGACAUGGAGAGCAUGCCCAAGAAUUCUCCAGGGAGUCUGAGCAUGAGUAACCAGCCAGGGACCCCCAGGGACGACGCAGAGAUGGCCGGCAGUUUUCUCAACCCCUUUCAGAAUGAGAGUUAUUCUCCAAACAUGAGUAUGAGUGUGUGAGCGGGUGUGUUCAGCGGAGCCCACGUGUGGAGCCAAGCGUGAGACCGUGAGACCGUGAAUCCGUGCGCUGUAGCCAGAACCUCUUCUGCUCUGUGAAGAACAUGGGUCCAAGC